AUGGAUCCGGAUGCUUAUCGAGCGAUUGUUUUCAAUUCGGCACGUGACGGUAACAUACGACGUUUGCGCGUUUUUUUGGAAGAUCGGUCGAACACGUGGAUCCAGGAUUGUCUGGGCCCGGGCGAGAUCGGCACACCACCGCUUGUUAUCGCCUCGAGGAACGGUCAUCUGGAUGUGGUCAAGUCCCCGGAUCAGUUUCGUGAACUUCUGGAAGUGGAAAAAGGGGCCGAUGUUCACAUUACAGGCUCGGUUACAUUUGAUGGCGACUUGAUACCGGAAGUACCAGCAUUGUGGGCAGCAGCAGCUGCGGGACACUUGGAUAUUGUGCAGUAUCUGGUUGAAGAGGGCCAUGCAGAUGUCAACCAGACCACCGGCACUCACAGCACGCCACUACGAGGCGCAUGCUACGAUGGCCAUUUUGAAAUAGUUAAAUAUCUCGCGGAAAAAGGCGCAAAUAUCGAACUGGCAAAUCAACACGGACAUACGCCACUGAUGAUUGCAGCUUUUCGAAUGCGAGCAUCUGUUGUGCAGUUCCUGCUGGCACGCGGAGCCGAUCCACUCCGCGCUUCCGUCAGAGUUAGCUCCGUAUUGAAAAUUUUUUGUGAGCCUGUGAUCGUUCUGUCAUUUUCCGUACUUUUGUUAGGGAAUACGGCUCUACAUGAUGCGGCUGAAUCAGGCUCUAAAGAAAUAAUAAUUAUGCUCUUGGAUGCCGGCGCUAAGCAUGUCCCGGACGAUGGUGGCGUAUUGCCAAUAUACUGCGCAGCAUUGGCUGGGCACGAGGCAGCCAUGUACACACUGGCCAACAGAGCAGCAUCUCCCCAAGAAGCCAGAGACGCGAUCAAGUUGUAUGGAGCUACACUGGUUGAUAAAAAGAUGGACAUAAUGGGAGCGGUGCAAGCUUGGCUAUUGGCGGUCACUAUCGGCAAUCCACUUCCAUCGCGCAGUGCCACCGCUGCAUAUGAAAAUAUGCUUGAGAUAGACUCGGAGCAGGAUGUGCGAAAUGUGGCUGAUGAUCCUGAAGCAAUCAGGAUGCAGGCGCUGAUUAUACGCGAACGUGUGGUCGGCCCGGCACACCAUGAAACGCACUAUUAUAUACGCUACCGCGGUGCCGUAUACUGCGAUUUGGGCGAUACAAAUCGCUGUUUCAAAUUAUGGAUGCAUGCACUUGCUCUUCAGCAAAAGAAUCUGUGCGCCCUUCAUCCGUCGACCGUUGGAACUAUAGUCACAUUUGUUGACACAUUUCUGAUAGGCAUCAAUGAUGCAAUAAUAAACGUGAAUGAAGAGGACGUCUGGACUCCGCCGAUCACUCGCGGCCAAGUGAUGCCGGUGCUAGACAAGGCUAUCUAUGAACUUGAACGGUUGUGUUAUAAUCUUUCUUAGAAUUUUAAUAUGAUGUCAGUCCCUGAGAAUCGGGUUUCUUCACCGCCCGAGUAA